UUUUUUUUUUUUAACUCUGUUGACGUUAUACUACAUUGUUUAUCAUGCCGAGACUUGCGAGAGAAGCAAAGAUGUUGAUGGCCCCGCUCCAGUUAUACCGUGAGAUUCUUCGUACGCACCGCUGCUUACCGGCUGCCAUGCGAGACAUGGGGGACGAUUAUGUGAAGGCCGAAUUUCGACGACACAAAUCAAUUGACAAUCCCGCACACAUUGUCGGAUUUGUGUCUCAAUGGCAAGACUACCUGGAUCUGCUGAAGGCUCAAACUGCACCAAAGGUCGACAGCGAUUCUCCUGUAUCCAAAAGCGAUCCGUUGGUGCGAUCGUUCAACAUGCCAGAUGAUGGCUGGGGAAGGAAGCUUGAUAGUCAGCUUUUGGAUAAGAUGAGCGAGGAACAGCUCGGACAGCUGUAUGAAUUAAGAAACGAGGUCAAGCGAGCGCUCGGAAAAGAUGACAAAGCAUAAUACCACUUGAUUCUAGAAGCCAACAGUAUCGGCUAUCCUUUUUGUUUGAUUUCCUUUCCUCGACUCUGUAAUUUCUUUUGUUUUCAUAUGCUUUUACUUAUAACUUGACUCAUAUUUGUUUUUUAUUCUAUAUCACAUAAGCACAGUAACACAAGGUCCAAUGUGCCUGUACUCUGAUUGACAGAAGAACGAGAGCCUGGAAAAAUCGGCGGUUCCGCCAUACAGAACCACAUGUGUAAUAAAAGCGUCACUUCAACUGUCAUCCGUCAACGAUCUGUCAACAAGAUAGUAUAAUUCCA